CAGGCCUAUGAUGUGAUGUAGAACAGAGGAAAAUACAAUUAACUGAUAAUUGAAAAAAGAAAGAAAAACAAAAAGAAAGAAGAAAACACGCUAAUUUCAUUAAACCGAAAGUCUCGAUGGCAAUUUAAACCGUAGUAGGCUACACUGCAAAUCUUCUUCUUCUUCGUCUCCUUCAAUUCUUGGAUUCUUCAACCCUGCCAACAAAAUAAACAACACUUCUCCUCCAUAUCUACCUUUGGCCAUGAGACAGUUCACUCUCCCCUGUCUUUUACGCCACCGAAUCUCAAUUCUUUCUGGCGCCGCAUAUUCUCGUACGGCCGCACGUCUUUCUUCUUCUUCUACCCUAACAACAUCCACCACCGAGCCGGAGCUCUCACAACCACCGAUAAGUUCCGAUAUCCUACUCGACUCAAUACGAUCUUCUCAGUGGCAUUUCGUCGAACAGAUUACGGGCAAGCUCACACCUUCCCUUACAUCAACAACUCUGCUCAGCCUCGUCAAGACUCCUGAUUUAGCUCUCAAUUUCGUCAACCGCAUCGAUCUUAGCUGCUUGGACUUCCCAACACAGUGCCUAGCGAUAGCUGUUGUCUCUAAGCUCUCUUCUCCCAACCCAGCUCUUCAGUUACUUAAAGAAGUCAUUACUAGUACACGUAUUAGUGUUAGAGACAUUUUCAAUGAAUUGGUGCUUGCUCGUGCUCGACUAGAGACUAAAAGCACCAUUCUUUUGGAUCUUUUGGUCAGAUGCUGCUGUCAAUUGAAGCUUGUGGAUGAAGCAAUAGAGUGCUUUUACUCGAUGAAGGAGAAAGGUUUUGAUCCCAAGACUGAAACUUGUAAUUGCAUUCUGAGUUCGUUAUCAAGGUUGAAUCUAACAGAGAAAGCUUGGGUCUUCUACGCUGACAUGUAUAGGAUGGAGAUCAAGUCGAAUAUAUACACUUACAAUAUAAUGAUCAACGUGUUGUGCAAGGAAGGGAAGUUGAAAAAGGCCAAGGGAAUGUUGGCAAUGAUGGAGUGUUUUGGUGUUAAGCCUAACAUUGUCACUUACAACACUCUUGUUCAAGGGUAUUCGUUGAGAGGACGGAUCGAAGGAGCUCGUAUGGUUAUCAAGGAAAUGAAAUCUAAAGGCUUUAAACCAGAUUUGCAGACAUACAAUCCGAUCCUGUCUUGGAUGUGUAGUGAAGGAAGAGCUUCUGAGGUGUUGAAGGAGAUGAAGGAGGUGGGUUUGGUUCCGGACUCUGUUUCUUACAAUAUAUUGAUCCGUGGUUGUAGUAACAAAGGAGAUUUGGAGACAGCUUUUGCUUAUAGGGAUGAGAUGAUGAAAAAAGGUUUUGCGCCAACGUUUUAUACUUACAACACGUUGAUUCAUGGUUUGUUUAUGGAGAAUAAGAUAGAAGCUGCUGAGAUGUUGAUAAAGGAGAUUAGAGAGAAGGGCAUUGCCUUGGAUGCUGUCACGUACAACAUACUCAUAAAUGGAUAUUGUCAGCUUGGUGAUGCAAAGAAAGCCUUUGCGUUGCACGACGAAAUGAUGACCGAUGGAAUUGAGCCGACGCUGUUUACUUAUACAUCGCUUAUUUAUGUCUUAUGUAGAAGAAGAAAAAUGAGGGAAGCAGAUGAGUUGUUUGAGAACGUUGUAGGCAAGGGAAUGAAGCCUGAUCUUGUGAUGUAUAAUGCAUUGAUCGAUGGCCAUUGUUCUACCGGUAACAUGGACCGUGCGUUUUUGCUUCUUAAGGAGGUGGAUAAGAUGAGAAUCGAUCCUGAUGAUGUGACGUACAAUUGCUUGAUGAGGGGGCUGUGUGGAGAAGGUAAAUUUGAGGAAGCUCGUGAGCUGAUGGGGGAGAUGAAGAGAAGAGGAAUCAAACCUGACCAUAUUAGUUACAACACUCUAAUAAGUGGGUACAGUAAGAAAGGUGAUACAAAGCAAGCUUUCAUGGUUCGAGAUGAGAUGUUGAGUCUCGGGUUUAAUCCAACUCUUCUCACCUACAAUGCUCUGUUAAAGAGUUUGAGUAAAAACCAGGAUGGGAGAGUUGCAGAAGAAUUACUAAUGGAAAUGAAAAGUGAAGGGAUUACUCCUAAUGACAGUACCUACUGCUCUGUAGUUGAGGCAAUGUCUAAUUUGGAACAGGGUGCAGAAAAGUCUGAUAAUUGAUGAUAGUCAUUUUGUCUGUUUAGGUUGAUGUGUUUCAGACACUAUUUAUUUAUUUGUAAUGUAGUCUGAUGAUGAACACUUUGUUCUA